UGCGAUAUAACAACUUAUGCCACACUUCAUGGAUUCUCUCAAAAGCAUGAACAUGUGAGCAAAGAGAAUAGUAAUGCAAAGAUAUAAAUACCACUCUCACCCUUCCAUUUGUAAAUCCCCCCAUGCUUUCAGGGUUCAAAGACCUCAACUCCUUUCUAUAAGGUUAGAUCCAAAUUUCAUCUGGAUACAUUAAAAAGAUUCGUUUGGUGAUUCUUUAUGGGGUUUUCUAUCAUAUUCAAGCUUAUUAUUUUGGUUUUGAUUUCAUGUUGGGUUCUUGAAAUCGUUGAUGGUUAUUAUCUUCCUGGCAGUUUCCCCAAUAGAUACUACGUGGGUGAUCAAUUAUCCGUCAAAGUUAACUCCUUAACCUCCAUAGAUACAGAAAUACCAUAUGGGUAUUACACUUUGCCUUUCUGUAAACCUUCUGAAGGCAUUAAAGAUAGUGCUGAAAACCUAGGUGAACUUCUAAUGGGAGAUCGAAUCGAAAACUCCCCAUAUCGGUUUAACAUGUUCAAAAACGAAUCCGAAAUCUUUUUAUGCAAAACAAAUCCAUUAUCAAGCAACGAAUUCAAGAUGUUGAAAAAACGAAUAGAUGAAAUGUAUCAAGUCAACCUAAAUCUCGAUAACCUUCCCGCCAUUCGAUACAUGGAAAAAGAUGGAUUCUUUCUUAGAUGGAACGGUUUUCCAGUUGGCGCUAGAGUUCAAGAUUCUUACUAUGCAUUUAAUCAUUUAAAGUUUACAAUAUUUGUUCAUAGAUAUGAACACAAUAAUGUUGCCGGUGUGAUCGGUACCACUGAUGGGGAUGAGCUGAUCACACCGGCAAAUGAAACCACCACCAACGAAGGUUACGUGGUGGUAGGUUUCGAAGUUGUCCCAUGCAGUGUGAACCAUGAUGAAAAAUUACUAAAGAACAUUAAACCUUAUAGUAAAUACCCGUCACAGAUAAAAUGUGAUCCGCUUUCCGUGGGAAUGAAUGUGAAGGAGGGUAAACCCGUAAUUUACACGUAUGAUGUUUCGUUUGUGAUGAGUGAUAUAAAGUGGGUUUCGAGAUGGGAUACUUAUUUAAAAAUGGAAGGUGCAAAAGUUCAUUGGUUUUCGAUUUUGAACUCGUUAAUGGUGAUAACAUUUCUUGCGGGUAUUGUUCUUGUAAUUUUUUUGAGGACGAUUCGAAGAGAUUUAGCACAUUAUGAGGAGUUGGAUAAAGAAGCUCAGGCUCAUAUGAAUGAGGAGUUGUCGGGGUGGAAACUUGUUGUUUCUGAUGUUUUUCGGUCCCCUAACAACCCUGAGUUUCUUUGUAUUAUGGUGGCGGAUGGAUGUCGGAUUCUCGCAAUGGCGAUUGCUUUGAUCUUUUUUGCGGCUCUUGGGUUUAUGUCUCCAGCUUCACGUGGAACCCUAAUCAACGGAAUGCUCGUGUUCUAUGUGUUAUUAGGCUUUUUAGCCGGUUACAUAGCAGUUUGGCUAUGGCGAACACUCUCGAUUGGUGAACGCCAAGGAUGGUUUUCCGUUUCAUUGCGUGUCGCAUGUUAUUUCCCUGGUCUCUCAUUCCUAAUCCUAACCCUAAUUAACUCACUCUUGUGGGGAAGUGAUAGCACCGGUGCGAUCCCAUUCACAACUUUUCUUGUUCUAAUCUUACUUUGGUUCGGGAUCUCAGUUCCCUUAACUUUAAUCGGUGGGUUCGUGGCCACAAAAGCCCCAUAUCUGGAGUACCCUGUUCGAACCAAUCAGAUCCCACGGGAGGUCCCGGCCCAGAGGUUCCCAUCUUGGAUUUUGGUACUUGGGGCCGGGACCCUUCCUUUUGGGACCCUUUUUAUCGAGCUUUUUUUCAUCAUGUCUAGCAUUUGGCUUGGGAGGGUUUAUUAUGUUUUUGGUUUUCUUUUUGUGGUUUUGAUAUUAUUAGUGAUGGUUUGUGCGGAGGUGUCGCUAGUGGUUACAUACAUGCAUCUUUGUGUGGAGGAUUGGAGGUGGUGGUGGAAGUCGUUUUUUGCAUCGGGAACGGUGGCGUUUUAUAUAUUUUUGUAUUCGAUUAAUUACCUUGUGUUUGAUUUGAAGAGUUUGAGUGGGCCUGUGUCGGCGAUGCUUUAUUUGGGAUAUUCUUUGUUUAUGGUGAUUGCAGUGAUGCUUGCGACAGGUGCGGUUGGGUUCUUAACGUCAUUUUUCUUUGUUCAUCGGCUUUUUUCUUCUGUUAAGAUAGAUUAAUUAAUGUGUUGAUUUUGGUUUUUGUAGCUAACUGUUUAUUUUUAACAUAAUAACAAUUACAAAAUGUGUUUUUAUGACACGUAUUGAUGUAUGUAUAAUUGUAUAUGUAUGUACUUAUGGUUGUGGUGAUCCAGCCAUUGACCAUAAAAUCAAGUUAAUAAUAUAUA